AUGGAAACGAACGCGUUUUCCUCGCUCGCAGUCUUGAAUCUGCAGUCAUCUUACUCUUUGUUUGAAUCUGCCUGCUGUCCAGAUAAAGAUCUCGUCGUUUUGGUUUCGCGACAUGGACGGAAGGAUCGAUUGAGUCUCUGGAAGAUUCAAGGUCCUAAAAUAUGGGAAGUCCAAGUCGGGGCGAAUAUACAAGAGAUUGUCAAUGUGGCGUGGAGUCCCGAUGGUCAGACAAUUGCGGUGGCGCAUAGUCCCCCGGGAUUGACGCUGCAUUCCAUGCAGGAUGGUCACGAGGAACGAGUGCUCCUUCUUGACCAGAUACACUCCUCGACAUUGCAUGCGCCGCGUAUUACUGGCCUGUGGUGGACUCAAGACAGUCGAAAACAAACUGGGGUUCCUGUUGCUGAUAUAUUCCGGCGGAACAACGUUAUUACAGGUUCAGCGCACUCCAUCCUCAAGAUUCUACCGCUGCUUGACCACUUACAAGAAGACGACAACCAACUAAAUGCUGCCGACCUAUUCGCUUUCCAAGGGACGCAGACCCGAUCUCAAACAAAGCGAGAGCUCCCUGACUUUAUGAGGCAAUGGCCAGCAUUGCAAUCCGAUCCAGUAACAGCGUCGAUGAGCUCUCAUUUGCCUGGCUCAAAUUCCAAGAGUACAGCGUUGGAUGCCGAAGCCUCAGUAGUCGGUGAAAGUCUGUUGUUCGUAGCGGACAACGUGGGUCGUCUAUUUUCCUUCCUCGACGGAAGUUAUCCUACAGGAUAUGUUACUUUGCAAACCGAACACUCCAUCAAAUCAUUGUUUCAGCAUUCGCCACGCUCCGUUUUCACAGCCCAUCUGGCGUCCUCGGCAAAGACCAUCUCCCCGUCUUGUUUUUACCCCACUCUUAUUACAAUGCCGCUGCUUGACAACCGCCUUGUUCGCGAUGUUGCCAAAAGCUCAACCUCGGCUCGUACACUUCUUUGGUACAUCUGGCGACUGGUGAAAGAUAUGCGUGCCGCGUGGCUUGGCUCCGAGUCGAUGAGUGGCGCCCGUGAACUUGGGCCUCGGUGGGUUCGCGCGUUGGAGAUGAAGCAAACGGCCGAUUUCGGAGAGAAGGAUUCCGCGGCUAUUUUGGAUCUCACGCGACUUCUGUUGACCGGUCGCAGCACUGAGGCCCUGGCUGAUCUUUUGGGGAGCGGAGAGCAGAUGAGCGAGCGGGGCAUACAAAAGUGGGAAACGACGGUCUCGGAAACUUUGAUCAAAUUGCGUGACUUUUCAGAGAAAAGGGUCACUCCUGCCUUUCAACGACUUCACCUUGUUUUAGAGGAAGUUGAAGGCUGGUCGCUGCUUCCGCAGUAUGCCGCCUUUGAGUUUUCGCGCGACGACGUUGAUGCCUGCCGUCACCUCUGUGCCCGGGGAAUUGUGGUUUCUAGUUGGCUAGCUUCUGUUGCUCGCCGAGAGCUUCGUCGCUUCGCUUCGUUUGUUGCCUGGCUUCGGUUUUCAGUCAACAAUUUGAAUACCACCAAUGAAGGGAACACUGGCGCUCGGUACGAUGUCCUUGAGGUUAAUAACUAUUUCAUGUCGGGGUUGCAGGCCAGCCCCAUCGACAAGUGGUUCGUUGGUCCAAUCCCCACCUUUACGCCAGAAGACCUUGGCGUACCAGACCAGCGGCAACCCCUGCAAGAGGUGCUGGAAAAAGCGAGGCAAGCGGCGAAACAGGGGAAAGAAGAAGGCUGGCGCAAGGCCACCUCCCAGAAAGAUCUAGAUCACAUUGAUAGAAACCUCGAUGCGCUCGCACAAGAGCUAGCGACACGAUGCCAGCGCAUAUUCGCUCAUGCUGCUGGUGCAGUGUCUCGAUCGGCUUCCGUCACCCUUAAAUGUGUGUGUUUAUUCCGAGUGCCGUACGAUGCCGCAACGCACCAGCAGCCGUCUAGGGUAGAGGUCUCCAUACGCGAGUUUUACCUACCUGAAGGGGGUGAGGAAGGCAUGCCGGUGGACUUACUGGAGGUACAAUUCUUCGACGAUGAACAUGUGGUAAUUGUUUACCGACUACCGAACGAGACUGGACCAGUGUUUGUAGCGACAGGGAGCUACAAUGAUUUAGGGUAUGAAUCGUUGCAAGCUGACGCGUACGUAAACAUCUAUGCCCGAGAGAAGCUAGUCAUGGCCACAGUAGAGGCAUGGAACAAAGGCCAACUGCGGUCUGUUAAACAAAUGAUCACAAGGCGCAGACGGCUAAACAUCCAAGGCGGAGAGCGUGUUUCGGUCGCUGUGAACGGCCUCGCAGGGCGGCGGGUCGCGUGCGUGCUAAACGAAGAAGGGGUGGCAAUGGAAGGACUUGAUUUGGAAGGAGAUGGGGAAGACAUUGAGGGCUCGGGGGAGGAUGGGUAG